AUAGGGAGGUCAACAGAAGCGGCUGCGAGCGUGAUGAUGGCACCCAAUCUCCUUGCGCAUGACCAGAACUAUUUUUAUCGACGUCGUUGCGUCGUUCCUUGCAUUGAAGAAAGGAUGGCACCAUCACUUUAAGGAAAUGAGUGAUCUGGAUCUGAGACUCAUCCUGACAUAACUAGUGGUUUAAAUGUACUCCGCCUCUCGAGGAUUAUCAAAAACCUGAUUGAGCUCGGGGUGGAUCUGAAUAGACGAUCAGCAGUACCCAUAUGCGGAGCAUCAGGCUGUCAUUUGACAUGGACAAGUUGAAGUGGUUGUUCAUCGCCUUCAUAUUAGCGAGCGUCCUGCUUUUCAUUUCAUAUAUCGCAUUAAAUUACAACGGUAGCAUCAGCGGCAUCAACAAGAGAGCAGCCACGACACACCUGACAUCGAUCAAAAAGCCUUUAUCCAACUGCACAGAAAAAAUCGAGAUCCCUGGAUUACUCUCGACGCCGAAUCGAAACAAACAAGCUUUCCAAUACAGAUGGGACAAACCUGUCCCGAAGAUUGUGCAUUACUGCUGGUACGGAGGGCGCCGCCGCCCCAACUUCAGAUUCUAUCACUUAAUAAGUGUUCUGAGCGCCUACAAAAACAUCAAACCGGAGGUGAUAUAUUUCUGGUACGAUUAUAUUCCACUGGGACCCCUGUGGAAGGAUAUUCAGGCACGCGUUCCGAUUAUUAAGUUGAAGCACCGUCCUGCACCUUCGCACAUUUACCACCGUCCACUCGGUAUCUACGAUCAGCAUCAGUCGGAUAUCGUGCGCUUGGAGGCGGUGAUGGAGUACGGUGGUAUUUAUAUGGACCUGGAUAUCGUGGUGCUCAAGUCCUUCGACCCUCUACUCAUGUACGACACGACCAUGGGCUACGAAAUCAGCGAUGGACUAUGCAAUGGAGUUAUUAUAUCAAAACCGAACGCACCAUUUCUCCGUAUCUGGCACUCAGAAUAUACAACAUUCGACGACAAUAACUGGGGAUAUCAUUCCGUGAUGCUGCCCGCAAUUCUUGCCAAAACAUACCCCGGGCUCAUUCACACUGAAGAGAAAUCUUUGCACCGUCCAAACUGGAAGGAAGGAGAAUGGAUGUACGUAGAAGGCAAAUUGUACGACUGGUCAAAUAACUACGCCGUGCAUUUGUAUUAUAUGCACACACUGAAAUGGAAGGACCACUCUCCGGACACGAUUAAAAAGUUGAACACCACAAUGGGGCAGAUAUUUCGAUACAUUUACUAUGGAAGCAAAGAUUUUGUGUAGGACUACUAUAGGAAAGUUCAUACCUAGUAAAAGCACCAGUGUAUAGUCUAAAAAUGUUUCGCCUGAUGACAGAUUUUUAAGGUUUGCCCGUUUGGGGUUCUUUUAGAAACCUUGUUCGUGGAUACCUCAAAAUGAGGGAGUGCAAAAUAUUAUAAUUAUUUGUAACUAAGAUUUUAAGACAUUUUUAACUUUUACGUUGGCAUAAUUAAGUUACUCCCAGGAGGACUCAUAUGUCAUAGGUCACUGCAGUGUAACGUCCAAAUGCAUUUUUGGGUACUUUUGAGUUCAGCCAGGAGAAGAGAUAUCCUAUGUACACCGUACAAACUGGCCAUGCCGACGAACCGGCGGUGAUCAUCACGCCUAAUGCCUCCUCCUUAUAGGAAGGAUGGAAUUAUCUUUAGGUAUCCAGUAAAUUAAUUCAUUGAUUCAUAUAUCUAUACGCACUACCUUGGUAAGAUCGGCAUGAAACUGGCAAGAAGGGCUGAUAUCAACUCACGGUCACCAUAAGUACAGUGUAUAUAUCGUCCCAAAAGUAUUCUGAUGUAAUGAAGAAGAGCAGAUGAAUAUAUAUAUAUAUACUUAUUCCGUCCAAACUGGUACAGUGUAGAAAGGACUGAUAUCAACUCUCGGUAACCUAUAUGUACAUACAUCGUGUCAAUAAGUAUUUAUUUUAAUGAAGGAGAUCAUUAAUGAAGGGCUGAUAUAAACUAGGGCAUCUGCACAAAUAAGUAUUUUGUUUCAAUGAAAGAUAGGAGCUUAUGCAUUCUUACAUGUCGGAAAGGAAUGCAUUGAACUUGGUCACAUGCCCAGGGUCUAAAAUGACCACCUUUCCCCUCUAACCGGCACAGUGACCACGUCAUAAAAACAAUUCCACCACCCCUUUUUCUAUGAGUGUACACAGUGUAUAUCACAAUACUACAUUCCAGAUGAGCACAAGCCUGGGACCAACGUCGACCCUGCGUCAUCAUCCACAAUAUACUUUCUUAUUUGCAAAUCACCUGACUUCUUCUUCACUUCUGCUCAACCCAUCCAUGCCUCAGACUCAUCCAGAGUAAGGUCAAAUCUUUUGGUUGACCCGGCCGGAGUUAACACUCACUCAAACAACCAGUGAUAACCAUGCGAUUGGACCUCUUGACAAGUACGGGGUUAAUACGAAGUUGUUAACACUUUUGGGCUCUGUAGUUAGUGUUAACUCCGAGUUCACUCAAGAGUUAACCUGGGCACCAGGAGUUAUUGAGGCACUAUAUCUAACAGUCGCCAAGUAAUUAAAUUGCAACGAGUUGAGCUGCUUUUUAGUUCCAACGAAUCGCUCAGUCUACGGCGGGCACACCGGAGAAUGAGUAAGAUCAGCCCCCAAACACUGAUAAGCCCGCCUUCUUUAGUUCUUAGGCGGGGCUCUUGAGAUACACGCGUGUGCGGGAGUAAUGCCGGGAAAUGACGAGAGCAACUUGCAGAAGCUACAAUCAAUGUUUUUUUGUUUUUUUUAAAUGGCGCUGAAUUAACUCCGCAACUUUACCGAGCUCUUCCGGUGGUGGUUGCUAUCCCAUUGGUUGAAAUUAAUUUAAAUCUUCAUGAGAAUUUGCUACAUAUCCCUAAGAAAUUUGCCAAUUAUAUUUUUAUUUUUAUUAGGGAAAUAUCCGUCCUAAAUAAUGACAGAAAAGGGUGGUUUAUUUCAAUUUUGUGUCGACAUGGUCGAGGUCACGUGACAUAAACAAAACAAUCGCACACACCCGUCCAAAAAAGGCACUUUAAGAAAAACAAAUACGUUUUUCCUGCUUAAAACCACACUGACGACUAAGUUAUAUUUGUCUGCUGCCCAAAUCUGAAGUAUCAAAAUGAAUCACAAACUAGAACUAGCUAUAUUUAGCUCUAUUUGCGUGAAGAAUUUGGGUGAGCGACAUUCUGCAACCUAGCGGCCAAUAAUAAACAACUUUCAUGUUCAAGGUCACGUGACUUAAACAAAACAAUCGAACGCACACGUCCAAAAAAGGCACUUUAAGAAAAAUAACUACGUUUUUCCAGCUUAAAACCACACUGAUUACGAAGUUAUAUUUGUCCAAAUCCGAAGUAUCAAAAUGAAUCACAAACUAGAACUAGCUAUAUUUAGAUAUAGUUGCGUGAAGAAUGGGGGGGGGG